UUCUUGUCCCUAUACCACUCCUUCACUAUGGCUGCCAUUUACGCCGUAUAUACCUCUCCUACACACCCGCCUAUACCAAACCACCUUCCUACUCUCAUCGUAACUCCUCAUGGUCAACCGUCUAACAUUCUCUACUCUUACCUUCAUACAAACUUUAACACGGAGAAUUACCUUUUGACUCCUUCUCCCCAGGGUGACCUUUGUGUCGCCAAGCUAUUCCCUCCACGUCAGAAUACCGGUAAAGCUACUGCAUCCGACCCUGGCCAUUCCUCUCCAUCCGCCGCCCGUAUCGUUCGCUGCGAAGCCUCUCGUAAUCUAAAGUGGUCAAUCGCAAACACAGGUGUGAUAUCACCUAUCUACAAACUCUCCCUACCCUCUCCAGACUCCCCCGAUCUCCCCCUCUUCCAAAUCUCUAAACCGAAUCCUAAUGCUGCUUUCUGGAGCAUGUUCUACUUUGCUUAUGCUGGUCAUAAUAUACCCCCAAAGCGUAUCGAAUUCGGAAAGAUACAGAAGAACCCUCCAGGUCCAAACGGUGGUGGAACUAGAAUUAGCAUCACUGGGAAAUCACCCGAGGAAAAAGCCGUGUGGCAGACCUUGGGAGAGGGAAAUGAGGACUGUGUCGAAUGGGUCGUUCUCUGCGCAGCACUAAACCUUCUCGACGAUGAGAUCAUCAAGGCCGCCGAGAAAAACCCCCCUCCACCUGCCACCCCUGGUCCCAUGCCAAACGGCGCGUCCGGUCCCAUGCCAAACAGUGCGCCUGGUUCUAUCCAGAACGGCGCGCCUGGCCCUGGCGGUAGACCGGCACCUGUUGCACUCCAUGACCCCGGUCCAGCCUCCGCACCUCCCCCAGGUCAGCAACGCCCUGGCCCAUCACAGCAGCAUCCACCCCGCGGUCCGCCCCCUCCUCAUGCCCAAGGAGGGCCAGGACCUGGCCCGGGUAGUCGCCCCCCACAAGGGUACCCCCCUCCAAGAGGAUUCGCACCUGGGCAAGGUCCCCCUCCAGGGUCCAUACCGCCUGGUCCUGGUCCUGGUCAGGGCGGUUAUCCUCAAGGGUACGGUCCUGGACGUCACCCACCACCGCAACAGCACCGCAUGCCGGGUCCUCCUGGUGGUCCUCCCCCUGGAAUGCUCCCUGGUCGUGCGCCACCCCCACAGCAGCAAUAUUCUCAACAGAUACCUCCUGGUCAACAGCAACAGCAGCAGCAGCAAGCAAUGCCAAGACGUUUCUGAGACUUUCGUAUACCUGGAUGGUUUCUCACUACGAAACAGACUCUAAUUUACCCCUUUUACCCCUCCCUGACGUUAUCUGGUACCCGGCGUCUUCCAUAGGUGUCAUAACCCCACUGACUCUUAAUUAUCGUGCCUUUCAUUUUUAGUGAUCGACGUAGUUUGACCUUCUUGACGAUAUUAUCACUCCUUCGAGCCU